AUGCUUUCUGCCUAUGCCAAACGUCGGUGUUACGAUGACCCUACUGCCUCUGUAUUCUGCUCUCGCGUCCGUGCAAACGGUGGUUGCAAACAAGAUACCAAGAUGUCGAUUACAUUAUGCCGAAAAAGCUGCGGACGUUGCUUUAGACAUGGCGAGAUCGGCAUAAGUGAACCGCCGUCGCUAGAAUGUAGCGAUCUAGAAGCCAAACUUUGUCCAAGGUACGUUCGGGAGGGAUACUGCUAUUUCGAUCGAUGGACCAAGCUGAAUUGCCGACGCUCUUGUGAUCUCUGUCUUGGUAACGGAACUAGAGUUAUCAUCACCUACGAUGACCAUAUACAGAACUUCACCGAACCGGAUGCUUCAUACCCAUUUGCUAUUGCCGAUGAGUCUCAGCCCAUACUCCGAUUGUCGAGAAAGAACCUCACAGCUUCAGAGCCUCAAGAUUCUUUGGUGGCUUCGCGUUCUUAUAAGCAGCCCAUUAAUAGCGGAAAAUUGUAUUUAGUCGACUAUGGUGAUUCUCGUGCCAUCUUAGCCGCCUAUCAAAGAGGCCAAUGCUUAGACAGAGCCGACUGGCUUAUAUGUGCUGUGUUUGCUGAGCGUGGUGAUUGUCUGCUACCUGGAAACGUCUACAUGACAAGCAACUGUGCGAGAUCGUGUGGAGUUUGCAAACCUAAUGGUACCUUUACUUAUUCUGGUUGA